UAGAACUCAUCCAAGAGCUAUGAUCAUGAAAGGUGAAGUUUUAAAGUCUGUUCUUCUGUGGUGUCUUGUACUCAGGCAAAAUGCUGGAGAAUCCCUCAAGGAUGAGAAGGUGAACGCGGACGUAAAAGAAAAUCCAGUUCAAGACAAGAACACGGAAUUGUCAGUCAACAAGAUAAAACAAAAUACACUCAACCAUGAUUUCAUGAGUCAUAUAAGACACAUAUUUGAUACCACUGAUAAAACUGGGCUCAAGAAACGUUAUUUUGAUGAAAUAGAUCGAUCUAGUUUUGGUGGACUUAACAAACGCAACUUUGAUGAAAUUGAUACAGCUGGAUUUGGUGGAUUCAAGAAGCGCAACUUUGAUGAAAUUGAUACAGCUGGAUUUGGCGGAUUUAAGAAACGCAACUUUGAUGAAAUAAACCGAGGUGCUAUUGAAGGAUUUCGUAAACGAAAUUUUGACGAAAUUGAUCGCAGUGGAUUCGAUGAUUUGGGUGAGCGUAAUUAUGAUAAAGCUGAUCGUAAUGGAUUUAAUGCCAUUGCUAAAAAGAGUUCUGAUAAAAUCGACCGAUCAAGACUCAAGGGCUUCGGCAAAAGAAAUUUCGAUGAAAUUGAUCAAUCUGGGUUCAAAGACUUUGGAAAAAGAAAUUUUGAUGAAAUUGAUAGAUCUGGAUUUAAGGAUUUUGGAAAAAGAAAUUUCGAUGAAAUUGAUAGAUCUGGAUUUAAAGAUUUGGGGAAAAGAAAUUUUGAUGAAAUUGAUAGAUCUGGAUUUAAGGAUUUUGGAAAACGAAAUUUUGAUGAAAUCGACCGAUCGGGGCUUAAAGACUUUGGUAAAAGAAAUUUUGAUGAAAUUGAUCGAUCUGGAUUUAAAGAUAUUGGAAAAAGAAAUUUUGAUGAAAUUGAUAGAUCUGGAUUUAAGGACUUUGGAAAAAGAAAUUUUGAUGAAAUUGAUAGAUCUGGAUUCAAGGACUUUGGUAAAAGAAAUUUUGAUGAAGACAGUCGAUCUGGAUUUAAAGAUAUUGGAAAAAGAAAUUUUGAUGAAAUUGAUCGAUCUGGAUUUAAGGACUUUGGAAAAAGAAAUUUUGAUGAAAUUGACCGAUCUGGGUUAAAGAACAUUCGAAAAAGAAAUUUUGAUGAAAUCGACCGAUCUGGGUUAAAGAACAUUGGAAAAAGAAAUUUUGAUGAAAUCGACCGAUCUGGGUUAAAGAACAUUGGAAAAAGAAAUUUUGAUGAAAUCGACCGAUCUGGGUUAAAGAACAUUGGAAAACGAAAUUUUGAUGAAAUAGGUCAAUCUGGGACUAUGGACUUUGGUAACAGAAAUUUUGAGAAAAUAGAUCAGUUUUGGUUGAAAAACUUCGGUAAAAAAAAUUUUGAUGAAAUCGACCGUUCUGGAUUUAAUGACUUUGGAAAACGUAUUUUUGAAAAACUCAAUAGGGUGCGAAAUGAAAGAUUUUCUAAAUUUAGAGAUUAUGGAUUCAGAAAACGAAACGUUGAUGAGAUUGUCAAAGCUGCAUUUGGUGGGCUUAAAAACUUACCAACUGACGUACAGGUCUAACAUAAUCCUUUGCGAGAACUCGAAUGCAUAAACGAAAGCUAUAGAGAUGACAUACUACACUGUGAAACCGGGAAGUCUACAUAGCUACUAGGUUAUCUUCUCUGACGUGAUUGUUAUGGGGUUUGUCUAUUGCAUAGCCUACUAUAACUAUUUAGGUACAUAAUGUGUUAUAUAAACAAAAUGAUUUAAGUACUUUAAUAAACUUAAAUUGUUACAUGCGAAUAUAUUUUUUAAAGUUUGUUGUUGGUUCGAAAGAUUACGUAUGAAAACUUCCUCCUUAAUGGUAUCAUUUCAUAAUUUAAUUUCGAUCGAAAUAUAGUUUGUUAUUAGAAACCUUUACAUAGAAUAAGUUGUGUAUUUCAUUGAGAUAUUAUGCUAAUUCACUGUCAGUAGGAUUUGUGUACAUUUUUUGUAUGUGUUAAAAUUGUACGAUAUAAGGCUGUUAUGCUAUUGUAUAUUUGUAAAAUUAGUUGCUGUUGGGAAGUUUGUAAAGACUGCUGUAAAGUAGCGCCACGGAAGCAUUUAAUACUAGCAUGAGUAAAGUAGGCUUAACUUGGCUUAAAGCAUCCUUGGCGCAUGUAUAUAAAGUCUUUCCAAUAUCAUAAUGUUAUGGUACAAUUGAUAAUUUACUUGUGUUUACUAAUAAUCAUGACCUAUUACUUUGUGAAACCAACUUCUAAUCACCUUUAAUAAACAAGUACAUUUCUUAUGAUUAAUUGUCAACAAAAUCGGUUUCAAUGAAACAAUUUUCAUUGGUAUGUUCUCACUACAUUAACGGAUAAUUUAACUACUUAUUCAAUAAUUAUCAGAUGUAUAUCAAACUACAAAAGUGAUAAAACUAAAUAAAAACUGAUCUAUUGAAAAUUAGGAAACCAUUACGGCAAUCCCUUGUAUUUUAAAGCCAUCAACUGAAUUUUUCGAUUUUUGUUUUUCUCUGAGCUUAAAAAUCGAAACCAUUAUCUCGUAUUUCAUUGAUACCACGUUUAUUCUUCUGUAAUUAAUUAAGAGUUGAAUGCAAUAAAAUAUUGUUUUCCUGUGGAACUAAAAUUAUGAAACAAAUUUGUAGUGAUCGUGCCAGAAGAUAAACUGGAUGUGUUACUAUGGAAAUGAAAAGAAAUUUCUAUUUUGUUUUUAAAAUCUGUAUUAAACCAUAAACUAAAUACUUGGUUGAUAUAGCGAAGAAAAAGGUCCAAAACGGCUACUAUAAGAAAUUAGUAACCUAUGUUAGGAUAGCUUCAAAGUCAUUCGUCUUCAGAUUGAUAUGUAUAAACCAUAUACGAAAAAUAUGAUUUGUUGUAUAUAUGUUUAUAUGUAUAGUUUUUUGUUGGGUACAGACUAAGGAUUUGUACUUCCAAUUGGGGUAGUUACGAUUGUCAUUCAUUGGGUUCUAGAGUGUCUUAUUGUGGAUUACACACCUUUAGCUCCUUGUUAUUAUACUACCGCUAUCGUCUGCAAUACAGGGUAGCAAACAUUAAAGUGUUGUUAUGAUUUUUAGAUAUAUUCCGUUUUGUAGAACUUGUUAAACCUUGUCGGUAUCUCUUGAAAAUAUUGAAAUCAGAACAUGUAAAUAAAGAA